AUACCACAUAUGAUUAUUCUUACCGGGCGGUCUUCUGUUUUAACAUUGCAUUUUCAUGCCAAAUCGAAUGUGUCAGUCAGUGGCUCUGCGAUACUUCCGAGGCCCUGAGAAAAAUUUCUUUUGUCGAUGAUACACCGCGCGAGGGCAACCUCAAAUAUCCGGUCUAAAGGGAAGGGAACGCAGGUGCUUGGUCCUGUUCGCAACCCUUUGGUGUUGAGAGGAGUGUCGCUUUGGAAUACGGCCUUGGGAUGUUUUUUAUUUUUGUCUUUUUACUAUUUGGCUCAUAUACUUCUGUCUCGAGAGGAGCAUAUUAUCCAGAACUUACCCGCUCGCGCGGAUUUGCCUGCAUCUGCAUUUGUCUCACUGUUCUGUACCUGUCCUUCCUUGCUUUCCUCUGUUCAUUGAACAUCUUUUGAAAUCCUUGUGCAUUAACCUGAUGUGCGUUGAUAGGGCUGCCAGCCGGGGUAAACUUAACUGGCAAACAACCUGGAAGACUCG